AUGAUCGGGACCCGUGCAGAACUCGAGCACAUCAUCCCGUUCGGCGAGGUCGCCCUGAAGAAACCACUCCCGAGCAACGGGGGAGAGCGGCCCUUCCGCGUGCAGGAGACGGAGCAGAAGGGCCUGGGGAUGUUCGCGACGCGGGUGAUCAAGGCGGGCGAGCUGGUCCUCGCGGAGCGGCCGACGGUGCUCUCGCCAAGAGACUCGCUGGGCAACAAGUACUUCGCGCCCCUCGAGCCCGCCUUCUACGACGCCGCGCUCGCGGCGCUGUCGGAGGGCGCGCGCGCGGCGUUCAUGACGCUCGUCGACCGGUGCUCGCUCGGCAAGCGGGCGCACCCGCUCGCGGGGCGCAUCAUGACGAACGGGUUUACCGCGGGGAAUCUCCUCGGCGAGGACGCAGAGGACAACCCGCAGGACGUCGUCUUUGCCGCGACGUACCUCCUGAUAUCGCGCGCGAACCAUGACUGCAUCCCGAACGCGCACUACCACUGGCACAGGGCGCGCUGGUGUGGGCAGUUGCACGCGACGCGGGACAUCGCCGCGGGCGAGGAGAUCACGGUGAAGUACACGACGCUCACGACGCACGCGGAGCGCCAGGCAUUCUUCCAGAAGCAGUAUUCGUGCAGCUGCCUCUGCAGGACGUGCCUGGACGCCUCGCCGGAGGACGUGAGGCGCAGUGACGAGCGUCGGGAGGCUGUCGUACAGCUGUUGUGCAGGUUGGAGAACGCGUUGGACCCCUCGGCGUACCCUCUGCUGCAGGACUCCGAGGAGCGGGCAGUCCGGCGGACACUGGAGUGCGCACGGCGGGAGGGUAUGAUGUUCCAGUAUGCGAACAUCUUGCAUCAGGGUAGUCGGAUUAUGCAGAUGCAGGACAGCCCACUGGUGGCGUUUGACUGGCUGAAGGAGGCCAGGAGGGCAUAUGCGAUGAUCCUUGGGGAGGACUCAAUAGGGGUCGUACAGGUCGACGAUAUUGGUCAGUACUUGGUGGAUCGCAUGCGGGCUCGCGGUAUGCAGUGUAGUUGGCCUUAG